CAGACUACGACAGACAACUUGGUUUAGCGUAGAAGGAAUGAUUUCAUCCAGGCGCGUUUCGCGUCUUGGGAAGACUGUUGUUGGAAUUUCUCAAAUGUCGUCACAAGUGCAGUUGUGAGAGACGGAGAAGGGUGAAUCGGUCGCUAAACUACCUGCGUGAUUAAAAUCCAGAGACCAUGUCUGCAAUCAAGCUUGCACUCCAGCAGAACCAGAAGAGGGACAGGAGAAAAACCUCAGAAGCCAAAUCUGCCGAAGUGUCUCCGGACUCCAAGUGUCCCAUUUGCUUGGACGUCUUUAACAACAUUGCCUACCUGGACAUCUGCCUGCACAAGUUCUGUUUUCGCUGCAUCCACGAGUGGUCCAAGAACAAAGCCGAAUGCCCAUUAUGCAAGCAGCCGUUUAAUUCCAUUUAUCACAGUAUAAAAUCGGAGCAAGACUUUAAACAGUAUGACCUGAAGCCAGUGACGAAUGGAUCUUUCGGGAUGUUUGGCGGUGUGCGAUUUAGGUACCGUACAACGCUUACCGGGGUGCAGCGUCAGCGCUGGGGAAGGACUUCUCCCCCGCCGGACAAUGGCGUCCUCUUUGAAUCAACAGCCAAUCCUCCCCAACAGCAGCAGACGCGUUACAUCCGGCAUGUGAUGAUGAGGAUGGCGGCCAAGAGGAGAGCGGCCAGCGAAGGCCGCACGUUGCACAACAUCAGAGAGCUGGAAAUGGUGAACUUCCGGCGAGAACUUUACCGACAGGGCUUGAGAGUACGCACCGUGCGCGACGGCGGACGAUCCCGGGACACCUCGGCCGAGUUCUAUCGCAAAAAUCCCGCCUGCUUGCACAGACUGAUCCCUUGGCUAAAAAGAGAGCUUGUGGUGCUGUACGGCGCGCACGGCUCCCUGGUUAACAUCGUCCAACACAUCAUCAUGUCGCGCAUUACCUGCGUGGACAUGGAGGACAGAGCCAUCCAAGAAGAGCUCUGGCCAUUUCUGCAGGGCCGCACCGAGCAUUUUCUGCACGAGUUCAUCAGCUUUGCAAAGUCACCGUUCAACAUGGAUGCGUACGACCAACACGCCACGUACGAGGGCUCGGCCCACUCCUCCAAUUCGGACAUCAGUUCCAACUCAUCCGUCAUCGCCAUUUCCGAGGAUGAGGAUGUGGACUUGGAGCCCCCCAGGACCCCCGGUUACGCCACGUCAAAUCUGAGCCGCUCCCUUUGGGAUGACGAGACGCCCGGGCCGUCGUAUUCCACCACGACAGAGCAAAGUCGGACGGGAAUGGAGUCGGUUCAUGACUCCGACUCUGACAGCAGCUUCGAGGAGGAAGCGCAAGACACACCCAUUUCCCCACCGCAGCAAGGAAAUACAGCGCACAUUCAAGUUGACGAGUGUUUGUCUUCGGAGAGUGAUGACUGUGUCAUCGUGGGCUUUAUUAAGCCGAGGACCGAAAGAACUCCCGAGCUGGUGCAGCUCUCCUCCGACGAAUACUGGAGCGACGAUGCGAAAGAAGCGCCGCCGCCACUGUACGUUGGCUUCAACAGCAACAGUCCCUCAGCCUCGCCGAGGAGUGAGCCCACCGACGCGGACCACCGUCAUCAUCUUGAUACCAAAGAAAGACUCGGUACGCUUAAGUCCAAAGUAUGCAUGGCGUCGAGGGAGUCCGAGAGAAAAGACAGAGGCGGUUCUGAGCAAUCCAGCCGGAAACGCGAGCCAAAGGACAGAAAGCACAAGAGGAAAAGGUCGAGUGCCGAGCGUCGGCGCCGCAGCCGCAGCCCAGUUAACUAUCACAUCAGAGAGAGAGACUAUUCCUGUUCCGACCGCAGGGACGGGAAAUCCGACAGUAAAUACAAAAGGAAAGAGAGCGACUUCAACCGUCAAGCGAGCCGAAAGCAUUCCGACCGACGCUAUCGCUCCAGGAGUCGUAGCAGGGAAUCGAGGCGGCGAGAUAGGCGGAUGUCCAGGUCCAGGUCCGGGACUUGCUCAACCUCACCGUCGACGAGACGAUCUCGCCACGAGAAGCCCGGCGGCAAGAGAAAAUACAAAACCCGCCAUCUUGAGAACCGCUCGUCCCCACGAGACGUCACCCCCGAAACUGAAGCAAAAACCACCGACGGAAAAGAUGAGAGGAGCCCGAGUGUCCGCGGCAAACGUCACAAGAAGAAGAAGAAGAAGAAACACAAGAAGAAGAGCAGACGGCACAGGAGCGCAGAGAGACUCUCGCCGACGCCGAUCACCAUCGAGAGCAACAGCGAUCACGCCGACGGUACCUGCGGCGGAACCUCCAGCAAGGAGCCGUCCCCCUUCAACGCCGCUGCAGAUGAGCUCAAUGACUCCCUCUGUGGCUUCGUCUUAUAGCUACAACUAGCCCCUCAUGCCCCUACCUGAAGUAUUUUUAAUCGUAUCUUUACCUCCUCAUCAUGAACUACAUUAUUCACCCUGAAACCGAGACUAUUCCAGGGGGUGAAGAGAGUUCUUUUGCUCCAGUGGCUACUAGCUGCCGAUGAUCUCUUUUACAGCUACCGUAAUUCAGACUUUCUCAUGAUGACAUUAAAUGUGGACAUGAAAAAAAAAUCUCUUCUAGGCUCUAAACACCGUGUAAAACGUAAAUAAGAAAAUGUUAGGCCGGCAGUAACUGGCCUUUUGUAAACUGGGGACUCCCUGUAUUUGCAAGUGCCACUAUGAAUGCUUGGGGGGGCGAGGGGGGGAUAUUGUUCUUGAACAUCCUUUUUAAAAUGUUUAAUUUCUAGAGCGUUCUCAGGGGUUGGUUUCUUUUUUUCUUUUUUUUGGUAAUGACAAACUUCAUGAUCUCUUUCUAUUGCUAAUGGAUCAGCAAGAGUACUUCUAUUAAAGGUAUUUUCUGCAUUUUAA